AUGCCUAGACGCGGAUAUGAUGGGCGGAACGGGGGGCAGCGUUUAGCUUCUCCGCAUUCCAUUGAUUACACGCGUUCUCAAGAAGCUGAAAAUAAAGAUGGUGGAAGCCAUAGAAGAAGAUCUAACGACGAUCGACCACGUAUGAAGGACUACAGGCGACACUCUAGAAGCCCGGCCAAGUCAUCCCACGGAGAGCAUAGAUCCUACCGUCGGAGAAGCCGCUCUAGAGACUAUGAUGACACGUCGAGAACACGAAACGACCGUUCUAGGCGCAGUCCACACGAACGACGAUACAGGGAUAAGGUGGACCACGAAGACCAUCGUGACAGGUCGUCCAGGAGACGGCGAAGUUUGUCAAAUUCAAAGACAAGAUCAUCCCAUCAUCAGAUGUCUCGUAGUCCAUCUCCCAGAUUCACCAAACGCUCAAAAAACCCACUCCCAUCCCAGAAAGAUGCAUUCUCCAAAACCUCCGGAGACUCAAUGCCAGAAAACUCUCCUCCGCUUCCAGAAAAGGAGAAGCCGAAUUUUUCCAAUACCGGCCGCUUGGCUGCCGAGACCAACAUGGUGAAAUCUGGUGACGGUUUGACCUCCGUUAUCCUCAAAUAUCAUGAGCCCCCUGAAGCUCGGAAACCGCCCGCAAAGGACCCCUGGCGCCUCUACGUAUUUAAGGGGGAGGACCUACUUGAGACGAUACAGUUGAGUGAGCGGAGCUGUUGGCUCAUUGGGCGGGAAAGAUUAGUCGUCGACUUGCCGGUUGAUCAUCCAAGUUGCUCCAAACAACACGCUGCACUACAAUUCCGCUUUGUCGAGAAGCGGAACGAGUACGGCGAUAGGGACGGUCGGGUGCGGCCGUAUCUAAUUGACUUGGAGAGCGCGAAUGGAUCAACUGUGAAUGGAGAGCCCGCUCCCAAGGGACGUUUUAUGGAACUCAUGGAUAAGGAUGUUUUGAAAUUUGGGUUCAGCACGAGAGAAUAUGUUCUCAUGCUGCCGCCAUCUAGGUGA